AUGAGAGGCAAAGCAAAAGUGCUUCUUUUGCCUUUCAAUUUUGUUUGUCUUGCUUUGAUUCUGGCUUCAUUUUUUGAUAAAAAUGUUGCUUAUAAUGAGGAUAAAUUGAUGGCAACAAUACAACAGAAUCUUAUCUACUCGUUGUUUCCAGGCGAUAAAUUCCCUCAGACUCGAUACACAUUCAAUGCAGACUACGGCUUCGAAGACUGGCGCUUCAAUCAGUUAGUUAACAUUGCCGAGAUGGAUAACACUGGAAUGCCUCGAGGAAGUACUCAAUCGAAUGAUGUGCUCAUGUAUGAUGAAUGGAACUACCUUCAGAAUACAGGAAAUUCUGGAGUGUUUAAUGGAGUAUUCGAUAUUGCUGUGGCAAAUCUUUCACAUAAAGUUGCAUUAUUUACAUCAAAUAAUGACAACAUCAACUCCUGUGAUGCUAAUGAUGUUGAAAAUGAUUUGAAAGAAUAUGAUAGAAUCCAAAAUAAAACCAAAAAAUCAUUAGGUGAUGGACGUGAAGAAAGAAAAAUAAUACUCUCGAGAAGAAAGAAAUGGCUUUCGAAAAUUUGUCAAUGUUUUGACCCUUCAACAUCACCUCAUCACACUUCUCAUCACGAGCCUUCAACAUCUCAUCAUGAAAUUUCCCCUCCAAACACAAAAAACCAUUGUGAAGCACUAAUCCAAUUAAUUAUUCGUUGUAAAGUGUUUAUUAGAGAUUUACAUUCUGAAGGGGCAGAAGGCUCUUUGAUUGAUAUAUUCUCUUUUAUGAAUAAUCAUGAAGAGCUUGGAAAUCUUAUACAAAUUUUAAAUUUAUCUAAAAUUCAAAGUCGAGCGUUAGAUAAAGCUAUAAAUGAGAGAAUUUACCAAGAGCAUUUAAAAAAUAAAAUGAGAAAAGGAUAUAAAAAUGCAAUUGUGCAAGGGGCUGGUUCUGUUGGUUUAUACGCUGCCUAUAAACUUUUUAUUGGAGGAGUGAAUGUAACUCUAGUAAAUGAUCGUUCUGAAGAAUACAUACGAAAUCGUGUUGUCUUUUUUGACCGAAAAUGGAUGUCACAAUUACGUUUCUUUUUGGGUACCGAAUUUGAUAAAUUAUUCAUUGACAAACAGAAUGGAGAAAAAUCAUUGGGAAGAAUUCUUGAUGGAGAUAUUGGGUUUGUUAGCAUAAAAAAUAUGGAAACUGCUUUGAAGGAAAGAUUAAAAAAGCUAUCGGAGUAUAUAAUUAAAAAAGAAGGAAAACAAGGAAAUUUAUUCUUAAAUUUGCUGUAUGAAACAGCAGUUUUGGACAUAAACACACAACAUGGAAAGUCUUUUGCUGUUCUAGGCACUCCAGCCAAACAAUUCAAUCCCUCUGCCCAAACCUUUUUGCAGUAUGUAGCAAAUGAAAACUUUAAUGGAGAUUACCAACAAGCACAUGAUCACAUAUUCCAGAACUAUUUGGAAGAAAUUAAACAACAUUUUGGGCAUGAAAGUCCUUACUUUGCUUAUACUCGUUAUAAAGGAGAUAAUGCUGUGGAGUAUAUAAACGCUGAAACCCUUGCUCAACUUCAAGUUGAAGGAAAAGCUUUUGGAAUUAGAAAUUUGGGAGAAGAAUUGAGGGAAAUUGGAGGGAUACCAAUUGAGACAUCUUUUGGAAGGAAUGAUGUAGGAAUUCCUUUUGAUUUGUUUUUCUGUGCUGGUGGUGCAAAUGAUCAAAUCCGGAAUAAAUUUUUGGAGCCAGCAAAACAAUUGACAGAAUCAAAAAAUUAUGGUGUUGUUAUCUUCAAUAAAGAGAAACCUAAUAUUAAAGUCUUCGAAGAUUCUGCUGCCUUCUACCGUGAUCCUAUGGCUGGUAUGAGGAAGCAUCUUGUGAAACAAGAUUUUAAUGGAUUGAUUCGGCAAGCUGAUUUUCUUUCUGAUCGGCUUAAAUCAAAGUAUAAGAAUUUAACCAAAAUGAUAUUACAAGAUGAACAAAUUGUUGUUCGUCUCUUUGAGUCAAAUCCAACAUUGCAUAUUGCAUCUAUAACACCUAGAGCACUUGUAGAAUUUAUUAGGGAAUUUAAUAGAGAGAGAGGAAACCGUGCGAAUGAAUUACGUGAUGCUGAGAAUAAAUUAUAUUCAGAACUUACUUUUAUGGGAAAUCUGGAGCAUUGGUAUAAAUUAACGGAAGUGAAAGAUAAACAUGAAGAAGUGUUGAAACAUUAUGACGAUUUUCAUGAUGAAUUACAAAAGAAAUGGGCCAGAGCUCUUUUUAGUUAUACAUUUUCUACUAGACAUCCGGAGAGAUUUGAACGAGAGGAAGUAGUCAUUGAAGGGGAGGCAAGCACUAGCACUGGAAUAACUGAAGAACCAAAUCAAAUUCUUAAAUUUGACCCUCACAGUGCCAAUACGAGCACUUUUUGGGUUGCAAUUUAUGGAAUUGGAAAUCCUGUGGCAAAAAUUGAUGGAAGUUCAGCAAUUAUUGCAGCUAUAGGGGAUGCAAAUACAAGCGCUCAUUUUAUGACUGCUAGCGGGAUUAGUACAGGCAAGUUUUGUUAA